UUUAUACUGAAACUCCAUGAUCAUCUGAAGCUGCGACAGACCUUUUCAUAGAAAAUUACAAAUGUCUUAGAAAGAUGAGGAUUUUCUUAGUGUUUUGUGUUGUUGCCCUGGCUCUUUUCGAAACUAUAGACGCAUGUGACGACAAUCAGUUUGAAAAUGAUUGCGGUUCUGCCUGCCCAACUAAUUGCCAGUCCCUUAACGACCCUCCUGCAGGUUGUGCAGGAGUGUGCGUUCGAAGAUGCGAUUGCAAAGACGGAUACAUCUUCUUGAAAGGAGCGUCUGGAAAAUGUGUAAAGCCUGAUCAGUGUCCAUAAUGUUUAA